AUUUUUGGGUGCAGGAUUCACUAUCUUUGUAUAAGCAUCUUAUCUUUCUUGAUUGUGUUGUCAUCAAUUUAUUGCUUAGCUGCUCAUAAGUUGUAACUGAAGGAAUGCGGCAUUGAGCAUGAAAAAUAUAUGUUGGAGACUUGUGUAUGAAUGUCUACUGCAUCUUACUGAUUAAUAUCUUUAUUGGGAUUGUGAUGGAGUGCAACAAGGAUGAAGCCUUAAGGGCUAAAGAGCUGGCUGAGAAGAAAAUGCAGAGUAAUGACUUUUUAGGGGCUCAAAAGGUGGCACAGAAAGCUGAACGGCUUUACCCUCAGCUAGAGAAUAUAUCGCAGCUACUUGCUGUCUGUAAUGUCCACUGUUCUGCUCAGAGCAGUACAGUGGGAUCAGAAAAGGAUUGGUAUCGGAUCCUCCAAAUUGAUAUGUCGGCUGAUGAAGUGACCAUCAAGAAACAAUACCGGAGACUUGCACUUGUGCUUCAUCCUGACAAGAACAAGUUUCCAGGUGCAGAGGCAGCUUUCAAGUUGAUUGGGGAAUCAAAUAUGGUGCUUUCGGACCCGACAAAAAGGACUUUGUUUGAUAGUAAGUACAGGUUUUUUUCCAAAGGUGCAGUAGCAAAGCGACAGGUUAAUCGAAAUCCUUCAGCUAGACAAAAUAAUAUUCCAAAUGGUAUUGGUACUCAGUCCAGUAAUCUGAAUAAUAUUCAGAAAACACAACCAACUUCAUCAGCAAUGCCUGAAACAUUCUGGACGGGAUGUCCUUUUUGCAAUAUUAGGUACCAGUACUACAGGAGUUUUGUGAACAGAGCUUUACGCUGCCAAAAAUGCUCAAAGCCUUUCAUUGCAUAUGAUUUAGGUUCUCAAGGUGCUCCUCCUGGACAUAAAUGGAGUCAACCUGGCAGUCAGGAUGUGCCCCUUAAGUCAAACACGAGCCAACCUUAUCAGCAGAAAGAGGCUUUCAACCAGGGAACCUCAAGAAUGGCAGCCGGAGCUGGGUUUACACCUGCCCAAAUGGGAUCUCAACAGGGUCCCAGCAGUAAAACAAUGGGUUCACAACCAGAGGUACGGAGAGAAAAGACUGCUCAGUUAUUUGAGGAUUUAAAGGCUAAAGGGAAAGCUGAAAAGUAUGACAAGGAAAUGGGCGAUACAAAUGAAGGGGCUGCUACGCCGAAGGUUAAUAAAAUUAAUAGGAAAAGGAGUAGGAAGCAGACAGUUGAAUCAAGUGAGAGCAUUGAUACUUCAACCAGCACUGAGCCUGAAACUGUGGACAUCGAAUCUGGUAGCUAUCCACCGGCUGGAGAAGAUUUUGAAUUUGAUGGUUUCGGCCCUAGGAGAUCUUCUCGCCUACGGCAGCAUGUAUCCUAUAAUGAAGGUGCAAGUGAUGACGAGAAUGAUUUGGCAAACCCUCUGAAGAAGGUACGGGCUAGCCAAUCAGCUGAAGAUGAUACAUCAAAACAGAAAGAAGCCAUGAGUGGUGAUGACUCUAGGAAUGCCAAACCAACUGAUUUUAAUGGUAAUUCCAAGGCAAAGGCUACUCAAAAUGGAGUAGCCUCUCCUAAAGCGAAAGUGCAAAAUGAAAACACCAACAAUAGGAAAUUUGACAAACAGGCUUCUGGACCUCCAUCAAGUGAGGUGGAAAAAGUUGAAGUUGUUGAUUCUGAUUCAGAACCAGAUAGUGAACUUUCUGAUAAUCCUCCAGAGAUAUAUGAUUGUCCUGAUCCGGAGUUUAGUGAUUUUGAUAAGCAUAGGGAAGAAAGUUGCUUUGCUGUUGACCAAAUCUGGGCUUGUUAUGAUACAGCUGAUGGAAUGCCAAGAUUCUAUUGUCAGAUUAGGAGAGUUUCGUCUCCUGAAUUUGAGCUACGGUUCACUUGGCUUGAGGCUAAUCCAGAGGACCAAGGAGACAUGGAGUGGGUAGAGGCAGAGUUGCCUGCUGGUUGUGGGAAAUUUAAACGUGGGAGUUCUCAAAUCACUAAUGAUCGUCUUACAUUCUCUCAUCUAGUGCAGUCCAAAAAGGGUAAGAGAGGUGCAUUCAUUGUAUAUCCUAGGAAAGGGGAGACAUGGGCUCUCUUUAAAUAUUGGGAUAUCAGUUGGAGCUCCGACCCAGAAAAACAUAGUAAGUAUAAGUAUGAGAUUGUGGAGGUACUUUCUGAUUUUGUUAAGGAUGUCGGUAUAAAAGUAAAUUACCUGGAUAAGGUGAGUGGAUUUGUAAGCCUUUUCCAACCCACCAGCCACACUAAAGAUGGCUCAUUUUUGGUAAUGCCAAAUGAACUUUACAAGUUCUCUCAUCAAAUCCCAUCAUUCAGAAUGACUGGAACUGAAAAAGAGGGUGUACCUGUGGGAUCAUUUGAACUUGAUCCUGCUUCUUUACCUCUUAAUCCAGAUGACAUUUGGUACCCUGAAAAACUGAAUAAAGACAGCAGAAAUCCAAAAUCUGAACUGGAGAAUGUGACAACACCUAAGAAGUUAGUGGAAUUGAAAGGAACAGGUGCUACUGAUGGAGAAUCAUCUAAGGUUCGAAGAUCUCCCAGGGGUGUGAAUAUCUCCAUGACUAGAAAAUCGUAGACAUGACUGAUUCUUUCUUCUGCUUUGCUUGCUCAGUGAAGAUUUAAUUGGGGCAGACUCGUGGAUUUUGUCGUCAGUUUAACUUGUAGGGAUACCAGUAGGAUUAUUAGAACAGUUGUCGCUGGCCUGAACUCUUUUUUGACGGCAGUAUGUGUUCCUGCAACUUUUAUUGCUAGUGUAUGUCCUUUGUGUAGUUUUUGCUGAAUCAAUGGUAUUUUCAGAUCAUUUCCUGA